AUGCAGGCGGCCCAUGCUAUCGAUUUCCGCUCCCACCUACCUCCCUACCGCUCGUUGCUCAACCCCACCGCACGCUACGACUACAGAACCCACUCGUUGGUCCCCAUCAGCCAGAACGAAAUGAACCUGCUCAGCCUGAACCUCCGCAUGCACAACAACCACAACCUCUCGUUGAAGAGCUUGAAGUCGUCCAAGACGCCAGGCUCCUCCUUCAAAAUGAAGUACAAGUCGUUGUUGAGCGAUGUCUCCAGAACCCUCUCGAUCCGUCUCAGCAAUCCAUAUCUUCUUGGAGGUGCGCUGUCGCAAUUCUCGUCCAACGGCAUUCCACUGAGUGCUACCCUCACCAGCAGUUCCAAGGAGUCCACCCAGUCGCCACGCGCCGUGCCGCCGCCUCCGCCGCCUCGCUACUUGAGGAACUUGCCGUUGGAAAUCUGGGACUUCAUCUUCUUUUUGGUGGACGACAAAGCUGACUACAGGAACAGUCUCUACACAUGCAAGCUCUUCUACUUACUCGCAAAACCGUACUACUACGAGCACAUCGCAUUCACAUCCACGUAUCGAGUAGCCCAGUUCAUCUCGUACCUCCGCUUGAACUCAGAGGUCGGCAGGUACGUUAAAACCCUCGAUUUGUCGGGGGUGCAGCCAGGGUUCAUCGAGGACCAAGAAGAGCCUGUAGAGGAGCCCACACACGGAAACGCAGUCAUCCGGUUUGGAGACGAUGAGUUAGGUGCAGAGUCCAACGAGAAGAUCCUUGCAGGCUGGCGAGACUGGAAGUUUAAGAAUAAUCCGUUGUAUUCUGUGCAUCACUCGUCAUCUGUUAGCUUAACAAAAAUUGCAUCCAACUCCCAGAUUCUGACGAGCUCAACCAAGUCGAUGGCUUCGUCAGGAAAAUAUUCGACCACCUCCAAGCGGUUCUCCAAACCAUUCAAGUAUUUCAGAGAGAAGAAAAGAAGACGUUCGUUGAGCUCAGCAGGAGAACCAAAUUCGAGAAAACUAUUGAGACCCGACUAUGGAUACGCGGACGAUGCUGAAAACCACGGAACCAGCUCAAAUCAUCGACUGGAACACCCUACUAUCAACAAGUUUUUAAUGAACUACUCGUCAUCGAAGGAUAUUCCUGUGGGCUACGUAUUGCAUUUAAUUAAUUUGUGCCCAAACGUCGAGUCCUUGAAUUUGGGAAAUUUGUCAUUGUCCAUUGAUUAUGAGAUCAGCAGAUCAAUGAUCUAUAAGUACCAAACCUUCGAUUUGAUGAAUAACUAUCCGAAGGCUUUGGUGAAGAAUAUAGAUGACAUUAUGAGCCUUGAUGAUGGAGAAGAUGCAUUAACAUACGAGGGGAGUUUUCUCAACGCGGAAACUUUUAGCAUUCACAAUACUAUCGCCAACUCCAAUACAUCAAUCCGAAAUGGCUUCGCCAACGGAUUCAAACCACACCAACCAACAUCAUCUGCAUCAUCCGUUUAUUCAUUGGGAGCAUUUGCUAAGCCUAUUCUAAAAUACAAUAGCUUGUUACCUCCAUUGCCACAAACAGUAACAGAUAUUUCAUAUCUCAACAAAGGAGACGGUAAAGUUUACUUGAGUGAUCUUAAUCUCAAGUCCAUCAAUAAUAAUUAUUUAAGGAAGGUCAAUGAAGAGGAAUUAUUGACAUGUAUUCUUCGGGCACAUGGGAAGAAUCAGUGCCGUUCCAACAAUUGUUUGCCCAAUCUCAAUUGUAAACCCAAAUUGAAGUAUCUUAAUUUAUCGUUCAUGAUUUGGUUAAAUAAGAAAUUGUCAGAGAAACUCAUACGAGGAUUAUUAUGUGAUCACGUUUUAGGUUAUUCAACAGAAGACUCACUGUCACUCGCAACAAGCGAUGAGGUUCUUCGUUACAAACAAGAUUUGGUGAUUGACUUCACCGACUCUGGAAUGUACAAAAACUUGCAGUGGGCCAAAAGAAUUGAUUUGAACACAAUUGAAGGUUGUGACUUAGCCGAUAAGAUUAUUAAAGAUAAUCUUUACGAUCAAUUUGAAGAGUUUACCAGAAUGGAAAGAAUAAGAAGAGGAAGAAUGGGGGAAAACUUUUUAGCUUAA